AUGUGGCCUGUGAUGUUCUGCGCCACUGAUCCGUUCGCAUUAUGCCCCGUAGACAAAGGCCGCCUUCGCUUCGCUGCUGAAUCCGCUCGACCCGUGCCAGUCUUCGGAAUUGGCUACGAGCAGCAGCAACGGUGGGAGCAAGGCAAAGCGCGAGAGCCUUGGAAACAGCGAGCGAUUUACCUACUUUCAAGACGAUCCAAUGCUCAAAGACGCCGUAGCCAAUCUCGCCGGCCUUCAGAACGCCACCACAUCAGAGAGGCUGACCCACUUCUCGAAACUAGUGGGCACACUCAGCCUAGAAGCAGACGAUGUUCACCUGCUAGCCGAUCAUGCUCUUCUCACGCCGACUCCGCAAGACAUCCAGAAGGUGCUACUCCUGGCUGCCGCGGGAGUAUUGAUUGAUCUCCGCGUCAGGCAAUUGUUCAAUCGCCUCUCAUUUCAACCGGUAUCGUCGAGCAACGCGCUGCCGAGCCACGAGGCGCCGCAGUUCCCACCGUGAUCACGUGAAGCUGACUCCAAAAUCUGGACCGGCACAGGGAAAACUCGCGCUCUAUGUCGACGAUGUCGGCAGUGGCACCAGUCGUGAGAUCCUUCGAGGCGUCGAUGGGCAUCCCAUCGAAAUGGCUCGUGCUACUUUGCUUAGCGAGAACCAAUGUCGCUUCUCUGUUCGGUCGAUUCGCGACAACGCCUUUCCGAAAGGUGAGAUCAUCGAAUUGGGGCGAAUUCCGGCGGUCAUCAGUGAACUGGGGACGAGUCAGAGCAUGCUCGACGUGCCCGUGCCUCGACCGACGACGCCGGGUGGUUCGGCACGCAGGACUCGAUCUGGUCUUAUGGAUGCCGCUCUCAACGUCUUUGGUGGUGGAUCGGGUGGUGGUGGAGGUGCGAGCUCGACCACGUCGUCCUUGUUCAAAGGAGGUAAUUCGACGGCAAGUCGGACAUCGACUGGGUCGAUGUAUGCCACACGCGGCUCUGCUUCCAGCGGAUUGGAAGGCUCCUUUGCCCCACAGUCGCUGAAAGAGUCAUCCGUCGCGUCGCGGGAUCGUCCGAGGAGUGGCUUGUUCGGCAACAGGAAGCGAUCGGAACCGGACCUUCCGUCUCGCCGAGGGGCAGAUUCGACGUCCGAACAGGUCUAUAGCCUGGGCAAGUACGACCUCGGGACAUCGUCGACGCCUCCCGUGCAGAGCCCGGCCUCGACGACGCCCAACGCUGCCGUCGUCUCUCGAGACUCUCGACCGAGACAUCGUCGUUCGUCUUCGUUACCACCACCGCUCCACGCUCGGUUCGACUCGACAUCCUCAGCGAUGGAUGUCAUUGUCUCCUCGGCAGAGAUCGAGGACGAGGCCGCUGCAUCAUUCGCCAGCCGAAGGCGCUCCCUCACCGAGCCAUCGGAGCAGCUAUUGUACUCCAUCCCGCCGAUUAUCCCGCCCACGCCUGUCGAUUCGUCGUGGAUCCGUUCAGAACCUUGGGCACCCGCUUCGUCACCGAUGGAGUACCGCCCCCCGAGUCGACGUCGAAUGAUGGGCCCCCGGGCCCCCGGCUCGACACCAGGAGGUACUCCGGGCAGUGCAGGCCCACCCGAGUCGCGAUCCCAGCCCGACGGUUCGCCGUCCAAUACCGACAUCCUGAUGUCAUCUCCGACGAGAAGUGCCGAAGCCGAUCGUGUUGUCCGAGCAGUUUCCCGCACUUCUACCCAUCCGUCCGUCCCACUCUCCAACGCUCGCGAUGAGAGCCCUUCGCCUACGCCAACCCUCACGCCUGCGUCAGCAUCAGCUACGAUGUCGGACCCUAAUCCUCGGUCACCCACACCUUCCGCCGCAGCGGUAUCCGCCGUCCCGCCCCAUAUUGUAGCUGUCGCGUGCCCACCUAGUCCUCUGCGUCAUUCCAUCUCGCGGCGUGAUUCAGAUGCAGAGUCGAUGUCGCCCCCGACGACGAAGCGUCCGCUCGUUCGCAACGACGGCUCAGUACCCAAUUCGCCCGCACGUAAACGCCCUUCGCUCGGUGACGCAUCGGACACACUUUCAAACACCAAAGUCCGCGGCCCUCGUGGUCCCGCUUCGGGGAUCAAUCGCCCUCGCUUUGGUGCCCAGUCCGGUACUUCCUCAUCUGAGAACAGCACCGACGGACGAUCGGCGUCACCCGCUCCUCGCAAAGUCUCAGCCAGUCAGAUCAAGAUCCGCAGCCGACGAGUAACGUCUGGAGCUUCGAUCGGUUCUGGGACGUCGACGAUUCGCGGAUGCUCGCCGCCUCUACAUCGCCAUGCUACACCUCCUCUUCCUCUGAGUGAAGCCGAUGCUCAAGAUGUCUUUGUCACGCGUGAAGCGAGCCCGGCCCCUCUAGAGCUCAAGCGCGUCGCUUACAACCCCGACGACUCAAUGGACGACGACGACACUUCCCUGAGCAAGAUUGAACGCAUCAGAAAGCACGUUCGGUUGAUGAGGAGUCGCCUCUUGAAGGAAAUGGCCAACGCGUCCUCGUACAACAAGGAGAAUGAUCGCAACGUCCCUUCGCCUGGAGGGAUGACGAGGAGUCCGCAUACUCGGAAUGUCGCUGUAAGUUCUGAGAUGGCCUUCUUGUUGGCAUUUGGACAGCGACAUGCACUGAAAGAAACUUCUCCGUCUACUGCAGAUCAAAGCCAAUACUCCCUCUUCGGCCUCUUAUGCUUCAUCUUUUGCGAGUGGUCGACUCGCAGCAGGAAUGAUCGAUCUCCACCACCUCACCCAAUGGCUCGACCAGCUUGACGGCCUCGUUGCCAAGUUGGAGGAACUCGAAAACCUCGCCCCGAACCUCGCGACAGAACCAAAACCGGUCGUGUCGCAGAGCAUUUCGCCGACCGAAGCCGAGUUUGCGAUGCUUGAAGCGGAACGGGAACUCAUCUCGGCUGAGUUGGAUGCGUUGAAACAUGAGUUAUCGAUGGUGAGUGCUUAUUCCGUCAUCAUAGUGCGGCCAAGAUCGCGUAGCUGACUGUUUGGCGACGCCUGUUGCCCAUUCCAGCGCGUGACGGACGACGCACGAAGCGCCGCAGAAGCCGAACGACUGGGCAGGGAGAAUACCACUCUGCGGACGGCGUAUCAGGACAUUCUGAGCGAAAUUGAAGCGCUCUACGAGGUGAACUCAAGCGAUCCCUCUCUGUUCGUCUUUCGUAAAUCACAAGGCUGACAACGCUGUCUGUUGCUUCGUUCUGCGCAGCAAUUCAACACGCGCCUCGGCGAAGGUGAACGACUCGUGACCUCUGACGGAAGCAGCGAUCUGGUACUGACAUGCUCUCGAUAUACUCGCAGUUGUAACAGCGAUACAAGUCGAUCCCGCGAUUGGUGUAUCGAACGACACGUACAUCAUCCUUACCAGCCAACUGCGCGAGGCCGUCCUGGCGCGAUCCGACGCCGAACACACGCUAAUGAUCGCGCAACACCGCUUGCAGCGUGAGCUGGACGAGAAGGAGGAAUGGAGGAAGAUAUUGGUUACGCAUGGGUUGUUGCCCGUUCCAAUCUGA